GAACUUUAUAUUUAUCCCCUCACUGACAUCUUCUUCUUCCCCAUCGAUCAAUUCACACACAGAAAAGCAUGGAGCUCCAAACUCCAACCAACCAAACCUCAACCCAAGACCUUGAAAACCCUAAAAAUGGGAGAACCCACGAAACCCACUCCGUCCCUGAACAAGACAUUGACAGUACUUGCUCCACACCUUAUGUCAGUGCUCCAUCCAGCCCUGGUCAUGUUCAUGGACCCGGGUCCGGACCCCUCAGUGGUGGUGGGUUCUUCUACAGUGCACCGGCUAGUCCAAUGCACUUCGCCAUAACCUCGUCUGCUUCCAUUUCCAGAGCUUUGGAAGGCGACGACCAUGGCAGUAAUUCGGUGCCAUUUGGUUAUGAGUUCGAGUUCUCUGCACGAUAUGGGUCCAACGGGUCUGAUCAAACCGGGUCAAUGAGCUCGGCAGAUGAGUUGUUCUUGAAUGGGAAGAUCCGACCCAUGAAGCUCUCGACCCAUUUGGAGAGGCCCCAAGUUCUUGCUCCAUUAAUAGAUCUUGAAGACGAUGAUGAUUCGUGCAACAACGAUGGCGAAAGCUCUCGCGGCAGAGAUCUACGACAAAUACGCGACAAGUCUAUGCGGAGAAGAACCAGAUCUAUGUCGCCACUUAGAACGACGUCGUUUCAGUUUGAUGGAAAUGGAGAUACCUGUUUCAACAAUGAUGAACUCACAGAACAGAGUACUACUAAUGACGACAAAUACGACGACGUUCUAUCAUCACCGUCAAUGUCUACACCUUCUGCUUCCUCUUCAAGGUCAUCUUCUGCUGGUAGGAACUCAAAGAGAUGGGUUUUCUUGAAGGAUUUUCUUUACAGAAGCAAAAGCGAAGGCAGAGCAAGCAGCAACAACAAGAAGUUCUGGUCAACCAUCACAUUCUCUCCAGUGAAAGAGAAGAAGCCCAUCAAUAACCCAUGUGAAAAGGAAGCUCCUUUAAAGGUUAAGAAUGGAAUUGGUAUAACAGACAAUCAACAGAAGGUGAAGAAGCCAGUGAAUGGAAUAGGAAAGAGGAGGAGGGUACCACCAUCCGCACACGAGCUUCAUUACAUGGCAAGUAGAGCUCAAGCUGAGGAAAUGAAGAAGAGAACCUACUUGCCUUACAAGCAAGGAUUGCUUGGUUGCUUAGGAUUUAGUUCAAAAGGUUAUGGGGCCAUGAAUGGCCUUGCUAGGGCUUUCAACUCUGCUUCUUCCAGGUAAAGAAGAGACCCUGAUAAGAUUGUAGUAUUGUACAGUUCUCCUUGGUUAAUGGAUUUUUUUUUUCUUUAACUUAGGAUAUUAUGAUUAUUUAUCUGUAUUUAUUUGUUUUAGGAUCUUAUCUGUGUUAGAGAGGGAACUAUAUCUCUUCUUGGUGAGGGUUCUUGAAUGCCCCUGUUUCCUUGUAUUAGCAAAGUAAAUCAAAUAUUGCAAUGUCUUCCUUGAUUGCAAUAGUUGAAGUCACAGAAAUAAUCUGCAGGUGAUAUUUCAGGUCAUAGGUUUGUAUUGUGACUAGAAGUGAGUAGUAGUAGUACCCACUAAAUUGGAUUUAUUUGAACAAUAAUAUGAUGCAGCAGCAGCACAUGGUAGAGGGA